AUGAAGUCCAAACGUGCCGCUGCCGCAUCGGCCGAAGACGCCAGGCCCGUCGACGUGCCCCAAGAUCAAGCCAACAAGAAGCGCAAGCGCAGCGACGAUGACGCCGAUCACAGCAAAGACGCGACAGCCGGCCAGGGAGGAGAAAAGAGGGUAAAGAAGUUCAAGGAGGAGCGCAAGGAGAAGAAGAAGGAGAAGAAGGAGAAGAGGAAGCGGGACAAGGAGGAGCGAAAGGCCAAGAUGCCCAAGAAGGACAAAAGCAAAUACAACAACAAGUCCCGGAAGGAGAAGAAGGAAGAGCUCAAGAACCUCCAGAACCUGCCCGAGGGCAUGGAUGUCGACGGUGACGAGGGAACCGCACAGGCUGCUGAGGCUGUGACCAAGCCUGAGGCCGAGGCUGAGUCCAAGACCAACGGAAAGUCAGAGGACAAGGCAUCCAAGAAGCAGGACAAGGAGGACAAGAAGAAGGAGAAGAAGGAGAAGAAAAAGGAGAAGAAGGAGAGGAAGGAGAAAGAGAACCAGGACUCCUCCAAGGAAAGCGUCCCACAAGGCGAAGAUGCCAUCGACCUCGACCCGUCCGCCGCGCAAAAGGCCGGCCGCAACAUUGUCUUUGUUGGCAAUCUCCCCUACAGCGCCACCGCAACCUCCAUCACGGCGCAUUUCGCCUCCCUCAAGCCCGUUGCCGUUCGGUGCCUGACCAAGAAGGAGGACCCCAAGGCCUGCAGGGGCAUCGCCUUCGUCGAGUUUGCAACCCCCACGCACCAGCGGACGUGUCUGGAUAAGUUCCACCAUACCAUGUUUGACGACGGCAUCUCUCCCCCGAGGAAGAUUAACGUUGAGCUCACUGCCGGAGGCGGCGGCAAGGGCCAGGGCCGCAAGGACAAGAUCAUGGAGAAGAACAAGAAGCUCGACGAGAACCGAGCCAAGCGCAUUGAAAAGGAGAAGACGGCCAAGGAGGAGAACAACGGCGGCAGCAAUGGCUCGGCCAGAAUGGACAUUCACCCCAGCCGCCUUGCUCGUCUCCCUGGUCUUGGACACUGA